AUGAUCUAUACAAUACCACAAUUGAAUCUUCAUUUUACAGAUCCAGUCGAUCGAAGUGAAAACGGCAUUGCAUUUCAACAUGAUUGUCUACAAUACAAUCAUAAUUCGAAAGAAUCGGUGUAUUAUUGUCUAAGUGAACAAUCAAUAAACUCCAAUAUAAAAGAAAAUAAUAAUUUUUCAAAAUAUACUUUUGCUGAAUUAUCAAAAAUGAAUGUAACAAGUGAACAAUUAUAUCUUUGGUCAGCACCAGUUGAUCUUAUUGAACAUUAUCAAUUCUAUUUAAAUCAACAGUUAACAACAACAAUAGAAGAGAAUUUGCUUUUAUCAAAUAAAUAUUUUUAUAAUUGUACAUUACCACGAUUUGGUCCAGAAUGUCGAUAUGAAUAUGAUUUUCUUGAUGAUAAUAAUUUACCUAUUUAUGAUAUUAAUCAAAUUAUAGAUCAUUUAAAUGAAUUGCAAAUAAGUAAUUUAACAUGUUAUAUUCAUUUAUCUUGUGAUCGCGGCUACGGAAUGGGAUGUUUAGAUUGGAGUGAAGUUUGUGAUGGACAUGUUAAUUGUCUUCAUAAUGCUAUUGAUGAAGAACAUUGUUGGCAAAUGGAAUUGAAUCAAUGUAAAGAUAAUGAAUAUCGAUGUCAUAAUGGACAGUGUGUACCAUGGCAUUAUUAUCAGACUUAUGGCACACUUGGUUGUCUUGAUCAAAGUGAUAAGCAUAAAAAGUAUGAUCGUUCAUCACUCUUCUAUAUAGGAGACUAUGCUUUUAAAUAUGUCACAUGCACAAUAACAUUUUUAACAAGUUCUUGUCUGAAAUCUCGACAUAUUUUUCUAAUGAAAACAUUAUUAUCAAUAAAAGAUGAUCAAAUUUCUUAUGAUUGUUCAACAGCAUUUUAUUGUAGCUUGAACUUAUUUGCUGAUAAUUGCAAAAAUUCAAAGAAUCUUGAAGUUAAUGUUCAAUAUGUUGAUAAAAUAUGUCCAAAUGCAAUCAAACUUUCAUCCAUUCCAAUCUUAUUUGGUGAUAUUUACAUAAUGUAUAUAAAAAAUGUUUCACAAAAUAUUACUGAAGAGAAAUAUUGGAACUUUUAUCUUUGUACAAAUAAUUCAAUUUAUGAGAAAUAUUUUCAUAAUCGACCAAAAAUAUUAUUGAAUACGACACAAUGUUAUUAUUACACGAUAUGGCAUCUCGAUGAACAAGUACAACAAGAUGAAUUAACACUUUUUGGAUAUCAAAAUGAAAUUUUAUAUCAAAAUAUUCUUUUAAUAAAUGAUUCUGUAGAACUUUGUCAACGAUCAAAUAUAUAUAAAUGUCAAAAUUCAUCGAAAUGUAUUUCGAUUUAUCGCUUAUUAGAUUUUAUUCAAGAUUGUCCUUAUGGAGAUGAUGAAGAUAACAUUCGAUUUGAAAGUCCUAUUUUACAAGAAUUAUUCAAAAGGAGAACAUUGAAAUGUCCGAUGAAUAAUAAAAAAUAUGUUCUUAUAUGGGGAUUUCGUCCAGUUCAAUGUUCUUGUGUUAGUAUUCAAGAUGAAAUAUGUGAUGAAGAUAAAAAAUAUCUCUCACAUUUAGAUUGGAAAGUCAUUCCAUUUGAAAUGACAUGUAACGGAUUAAUUGAUACAAUUGAUUCUGAAUUUACUGAUGAAACAGAAUGUGAACAAUGGCCAUGUAAUAAUUUAUAUACACAUUGUGAUGGAUUAUGGAAUUGUCCAAAUGGAAUAGAUGAACUUAAUUGUGAUAUUCAUUUACCAUUAAAUUGUUCUUUAAAUGAACAUAUCUGUGUUUCAUCACUUACAAAUCAAUUGAUAUGUUUGCCUUUAAAUAAAAUAAAUGAUAAUAAAAUUGAUUGUUUAGGUGGCAUUGAUGAACAAAAAAUAUGUCGAAGAAAUAAUUCAUUAACUAAGUACAAUAAUUUUCGUUGUAUAAAUGAUCAAAUUAAACCUUGUAUUGAUGCUACUCAUAUUUGUGAUGGUCAAAAGAAUUGUUUACAUGGAGACGAUGAACAAUUUUGUCAAGAAACUCAUCAAAUAGAAUCAUGGGUUGAUAUAUGUCCUUCAUUAGUUACGUCGAAUGUAUUUGAUAUUGAUCAUUUUAUAUGUCGAAGUUUAGAAAUUAGCAAAUUUAAGUCUCCAAGAAGAUUUACACUUCAAACACAGAUUCAAUCACGCUCAUCUAGAAUUUUAACUUCAAAUAAUUUUUAUCAUCGUUGUCAUUAUGGAAUUGAUAUUAAAAUUUGGACUAAUAAUCGAACAAAACGAUCAUGUCUUUGCCCAUCCGAUCAUUAUGGUGAUGUAUGUCAAUAUCAAAAUCAAGCAGUAAAUUUAAUAUUAACCUUUACUGCACCUACAAAUAUACAUCGAAUUCCAUUUGCUAUAAUUAUUUCACUUAUUGAUGAUGAUCACGCACGAAUUAUACAUUCUUAUCAUCAGUUUACUACUUAUCCGCCAACACAAUGUUAUUCUAUUCAUAAUAUUGAUUUAACCUAUUCAAUACGACCUAAAAAUUUGACGAAAAAUUACUCAAUACAUAUUGAUAUCUAUGAGAAAUUAUCCUUAGCUUAUCGGGCAAGUUUCUUAUUUCCUAUAAAAUAUUCAUUUUUACCUGUUUAUCGUCUUACAUAUGAUAUUUACAUUCCAUCACAUGAUUAUACAAUAAUCUGUUCAGAUAAACGAUGCAUUCAUGGUAAAUGCAUUCGAUAUUUUAAUCAUCCAGAAAAAGCUACUUUUUGUCAAUGUGAUUAUGGAUGGUCAGGAAAAUAUUGUCAUAUUCCACAUCAAUGUAUAUGUUCAUCGGAUUCGAUUUGUAUUGGUGUUUCAACAUCGAAUCGAUCAGUAUGUGUUUGUCCCGUCAAUCGAUAUGGUCCUCGAUGUUUUCUUUCUGAUACAAUUUGUCAAACAAAAGAAUCUAUAUGCCAAAAUGGUGGUCAAUGUAUAUCUAUUGUUGAUUCAAUGGGCAAUAAUAAAAAUAGAUUUAUCUGUCGGUGUCCAAUAGGUUUUUCUGGUAAUAGAUGUGAAGAAACUAAAAAGAAACUUAUUUUAUCGUUUAAGAAGGACAUUACUGUUUCGCAAACAUUAUCUGUUCAUAUGAUUUUUAUAAACAGCCAUAUUGGAAUAAUAAGAACAACUAUUAUUGAAAUGAUUCCAGUUAAUCAAAAGAUAGUAACUAUUGAACUUAUAUACGAAUUUCAUAUUCUCUUAAUUGAAUUUAUCAAACAUAAAUAUUAUUUGAUUUCUGUCGAUAAGAAUUAUAAUGCAACAGAACCAUUAAGUAAAACAAUUAAUUCGAAAGAUCGUUGUCGACAUAUAACUGAACUUUUUAAUCAAACAAUUCUUACUUAUCCACGUAUUCGUCGUAUUAAAUAUUAUCAAUUACCAUGUCAAACAUAUCGUCCUGAUUUGACUUGUUUUUAUGAUGAUAUUUAUAUUUGUUUAUGUUACGAUUAUGAUCAACAACGUUUAGCUAAUUGUUUUAUUUUUGAUCAUGAAAUGAAAUUUCAAUGUUAUCAACAAAGUCAGUGUGAAAAUGAUGGACAAUGUUUUUCAUAUAAUUAUCGCUGUCCGGAGAAACAAACAUGUAUAUGUCCUCAGUGUUUCUACGGUGCAAGAUGUCAAUUUCAAACGAAUGGAUUUGAUUUUUCAUUAGAUGGUAUUUUAGGAUAUCAUAUUCAACCACAAAUUGCUCUUAUUUCUCAAUCAGUUCUCGUACAAACUAGUGCCGUAUUAAAUGUUAUUUUUAUUAUUUUAAUUUUGAUCAAUGCUAUAUCAACUAUGAUUACAUUUACAGGAAAAAAUGUACAUGAAGUUGGUUGUGGUUAUUAUUUAUUUGGUUUAGCAAUAAAUACACUAUUGAUUAUGAUUGCUUUUGCUCUAAAAUAUUGGAUUUUUCUUUUAAUACAAAUGUCAAUAAUAACUAAUCGAACAUUUAUAUUAUAUCAAUGUCGUUCAAUUGAUUUUCUUCUUCGAACUUUUCUUUAUGUAGAUCAACUAUUAAAUUCAAGUGUGGCUAUUGAACGAGCUGUAACAACGAUUAAAGGUAUUAGUUUCAAUAAAAAGAAAAGUCGACAAGCCGUGAAAUUUGUUAUUCCAGUAAUAUUUCUAAUUUCUAUGAUAAGUAAUAUUCAUGAUCCAAUUCAUCGUCGUUUAAUUAAUGAAGAAAAUUAUAAGGGAACAAGAAUCUGGUGUAUUGUUAGAUAUUCAUCUCGUUUACAAACAUAUAAUUCAAUUAUUCAUAUAAUUCAUUUUUUCGCUCCUUUUCUGAUUAAUAUAAUUUCAUCUUUCAUUUUAAUUACAAUUAAAUCUCGUCAAACACAUACAGUUCAAACAAAAGAAAAUUAUAGGAACAUUUUGAAAAAACAAAUUCUUGAACGUAAACAUUUAUUUAUGGCACCAGCUAUUUUAAUUUUACUUGCGAUACCACGUCUAAUUAUUGCUUUUACAUCAAAAUGUUCCUAUUCAAUCGAAGAUGCAUGGUUGUAUUUAUCGGGAUAUUUUUUAUCAUUUCUUUCACCAAUGAUUACUUUUGUGAUCGUUGUUAUGCCAUCAAAAAUUUAUAAAAAUGAAUUUCGCAAGACUGUUCGUCGAUAUCGAAAUCAAAUACAAAGGCGUUUUGCUUUUCGAUGA